UGAGAUGAACAAGUGGGUCCUAGAUCAAAUCAAGCCAGAACUUGCCCUGGAAACAAAAAUGGCAAACCGAAGCUGUCAUACUUGGGGCACAUCAUGAGAAGGCAAGACUGACCAGAAAGGACAAUGAUGCUAGUGAUGGUCAAAGGCAGGAUAAGAGGAAGACAAAAGAUGAGCUGGAUCAGUUCCAUAAAGGAGGCCACGUCCUUGAGUUUGCAAGAGUUGAGCAGGGCUGUCAAGUAUAGGACAUUUUGGGUGGCAUUCAUUCAUCGGGUUGUGAAAAGUUGGAGACAAGCUGAUUGUACAUGACAACAAAAAGUCAUUAAUAAACUAAUUUGUUAGAAAAAUGAAUAAACUUGCAUCAAAACACAUUAGGUUGGCACAUCAUGAGAAUUCACAGUGGUUAAGUAACCACUGUAAAUUGUCAUGUUGCGUGAACUUAGACCACCUUGCAAAGGGUAGCUUAUAUUUUGGCAACCACUACCCUGACAACUCAUGGUUGUACUAAGGGUUGCCCAACCAUAAUGUGGAGUUGUGUCGUCUGAACAUGGGUUACUCUAUCUGUGGACUUUGGGUAGUAAGCUAUUUAGCAAGAGCAGCAAAAACCCUUGCCACUCGUCACAGUCUUGCUCUUGCCACCACUGAUGACUCUCCACGGAUGCUUAAGGGUAACUCACUGGUUCAUCACCCUUUAAAAUAAUUGUCCCCAGAAAUUGCACAAUUCUCAUUUUAAAAAUUACAGUUGGGUUUUUGCAGGUGCACAAGUGUACCCUUUUGACCAUCCUGUAUGUGUAGUCAGUGACCUAGUCAAUGGCCUGGUAAGUUUCAUCUUUCAAAGGGAAUUGAAAUAGCAUUUUGACAAGGAAAGAUGGCAUAAUAAGCUAAUUUGCCUGCUGUCAAGUGCAUAGCUGUGAACUAAGAAGGUGGAAAAGAAGCAAAACUCAGAGGAGAUGACAACAAGGUAGCCCACUUGACAAUGGACCUAUCUGGCUUUGUAAGUGUUGAACUGACAAUUCAGUUUUAAGUUUGAGUCUCCUCUUUGCAACACUUAGUGCUGCUGUUACUCUAGUUCCCUGACAUUUUUAGAACUAUUUGCAUAUUUUGCCUCAGGUUUAAUGUCUCACUGUUUGCAUAUUUUAAUAAUUUGCAUGUGUUGCAUAUUCCUCUGCCAUUCGAUUUGUGUGAUUUCCACCCAUCCUUACUGCUGUGCCUUAAAUUUUGUAUAUAUUUACUGAUCCUCUUCACUUUGCCUUAUAAUUUGCAUAUAUUUAUGGAUCUCCUCACUGCUCUGUAAUCCAUAUGUAUAUUUGACAACUAACAAUGGAGACCAGAGCAGGCAGGUGAGAAGAGUGAAGUGGGGUGGGGGAGAGCCAAAAGUGGCUGGCCACUACAGCAGAAGGAUCUUCUGGGGUGGGCAUGCAUAAGUAGAUGAAGCAGUCUUUUUUAAAGAGUUGUUCACUUGCAAAGGAAGUGCAGAAGAGGGUGGUGAAAUUGGCAAGAACACAGGCCAGUGCGUAUAGCUGUAUGCUUGGCUAAGUUGUGGACAGGCGCACUGGUGCACACACACAAUGCUGAAAAAAAUAAUGAACACGUUAUUGCAUUCAUAAUGAGUCGGCAAAUUAAUCCCAUUUGGUGAUCUGAUGCAGGUAGGGGGAGCCCAGUGGCUGAACUGCAGAAAGGGUGCUAGCACAGGGUCGGAGGGAAUGUGGGAACCUUAGUAAAUGUAGUUGGGAUAUAUGGGGAAAGCAAGGCAUGGCAUGCUGCAAAGCACACAUCAUCUGUUGGGCAAAUGUGCCAGCCAACACAUGGUGUUUUAAGAAUGACAUGUGAACUUGCCCAACAUAUGUUGGCACUUUGUUUCAAGUAUCUAGCAUACAAUAACCUGUCCCUUAUAAUCAUAACAUUCUACAAAGCAAGACACCUAAGUGAAUUUCAUAGUCACAUAUCCCAUACAUUUGACUAGCAUUGAUAGGUACCCCAUAAAUGUGUCAAAGCACCAAUUGGUGAUUGACAAUGCCCAGUAUUCAGGAUUAUAACUUAGGUUCAUUUUGUUAAAUAUUGCAUACCAUUAAAUUAUUUUAAAGCUAUUAUUUAUUUCCUGUGGUUCUAUACCAACCAGUGUAUGAAAUGUUGAAAGAUAUGUGAAGUUAAGUGUGAAAUGCUAAGUUCCUUUCAAAAGAGAUACCCAGAUUUCCAAAAGUGUCUCAAUUCUUGCUUUGGGAAUCUUAUUUUAAAUUGGAAAAUUUGCUGCAAAUAUCGAACUCUGCAUCCCCAUUUGCUGCUAGACAGCAGUUAGAUGGUCAUAGGAGCUUUUGGCUUCCUAGCUAUCAGGUGGGACAAUAUUUCUGACCUUGCAGCUGGGGAUUUGAACUCAAAUCUUCCACCCCCUCCCACUUGCAGCAAAUGAUUCUCUGAGGCCAUAAGAGUGACUUCAGAGAAAGGGCUUGGGGGUAUUCCAGGGGCGUCAAGGAGUCAGUCACUACUUAAGGUACGAGGUAUCUUGUCUAAAACUGGCCAUCUAAGUGUUUUGCGGAGCAAGAGGAAUGCAGAGGUGACCUUUGCCUGCAUGUCUCCUGCUCUUCAUCGUUUGGAGGAUCACAGACAUCCCAAUAGGAUCGUGUCCUAAAUAAUAGAAAUGACCAGUUAGGUCUUAAUGUUCAUUUCAUACAAUAUGUGACCACCUUUUAGAUUUUAUGCAUUUAGAAAGUUUAUGUCCACAUUCACAGGAAUCCAUUACCAUAUGAAUACAUACAUUCAGUUUGUUUGUUGAUGGAAGGUGAUUUAGGGUGCACUCCUCACUGUUUGAAAGUCCCCAGGCUCCAGGGCCUCCAAGAUUCCUACUGGGCUGAAGCCAUCAUCAUCACAGUAGGGCAGGUAAUGUUCACUUCCCUACUUGCUGCUCACCUGCUCUUUUGCGGUAUCUAGAAUUAAAGAUUUAUACCAAUGAAAUACUCUGAUGGGAAGACUAUUCAGGCUUCCUGAAGGCUCUGCCAGUGGCUUAUUGCUUUCUGCAAGAGCUCUAGACCUUGGACAUAACAACAUUAUUCAACAAGUUUUGAGGAGAAGAAAGUGGAGAGCAAAAGAAGCCAGAUUCAAAGGUUGGUCAGUGGUGUCAGCGGAAUGGAGUUAACUCCUUGUGAGAAGGAGCAACCACAGUGAUUGAUAUCAGAGGCCCCAUAAAAAACUACAGAAGACAACUAAGGAGCAAGAGCAUUUGUUUUGUGGGUAUUAGCCUGACUCUAGCUGUUUAGCUGCUGUUUCUCCAAGACUGACUGGUAAGGGCACAUUUAAACAAAGAAAUAAGGAGCAUAAAUAUUUUUUGACCUCGGAGGACAGGAGAGAAAGAAAGAAGAAAGUGACUAUCUGACCUGUGGAGCCAUCAGAGCUUCAGCAAAGUGGAAUUACUCCUUACUCCUUGUGGUAACCUAUUGCUAUCACGGCUUGGUGUUGGCUGCUCCUUUGUCUUUUAUUCCGCUGUUCCUUUGGUGCACUUGGUGGCUGCAUGUUUGGUGAUUUUUGGGGAAAAUACAGCUCUUCUAAUGAACCUUUUAAUUAUUUUUAUUAACAUCUGAAUCUCAGAAUGUAAAAUGGUUUUCACCAGACAGGGCUACUAGAAGCAAGGUAUUUCUCCCAUCUUGUUGUCCUCACACUUUUUUUUUGUUCAUAUGAAGUUUUAUACAAACCGGAAGGCUUUUUUUAGUGAUUACAGUUUUUGUGCGAACUCAUUUUAUAACUUUCCACCACACUUCUCCCAUCCACACAUGCCAAAUAUCUUAACACUCCUCCAAAUUUUCUUUUCUUGCAUGGAUUUUGUUUGGAUUUAUGGGCUGAUUUUUUUAGGGAAAAACCAAGCUGAAAUGACCAUAUGACCUACAUACACAAUUUAUUCAACAGUAGGGCUUACUCCAAGAAACUGUAUAUAGGACUGCAGCCUUGGUGUUUGGAGGUUAUUACAACUGCCUAUCAUUGGUAGGCAUUUGUUGGAUUUAAAAUAAUGGCUAUAAAGAAUCAGCAUAUGAAAGUCUUGAUCUAAUUUCAGGAAUUUUGAGGGGGAAGUGGUAGUAUCUCUCAGUGAUGUUCUGUAUAUGUGUGCAUUUUGUAAAGUGAUACUAUUACAAAAGCAGUGACACACAAACAGUGCUUUAGCUUUAUCUCAUUAGUACGCUGUGGUGAUUUUCAUCCUCUAGAAAGGAGGAGAUGGUGAAAGAGGUUUAAAAUAAAGCAGCUUUCAAUAACCCCCUUCCUAAAUCUUCUGUAUGCUUGUCAUUGUGGAACUGAGGUACCUUGGAUAAGCCCAACACCACUGAUCAAACCAGUUUCCAAUCUGAUAAUCUAGGUCUAAUAUUCUGGCUCUGGCUUUGUUGUUGGAAACUUGGCUGCUAAACACCAAAAUCUUAUUUUCAGAUCUGCUACAAAUUGCCAUCCUGGCCUCUAAAAGGGCUAAUGCUUCACUUUGCAGAAAGAGAGGCCAUGCAAGAUCUUUCUGCCUGGAUUAUGCAGUCUUGUACUUCAAAUUAGGCCGAGUCUUUAUCUUACUGCUUCUGGAGCUUCCUUUUUCCUGCUACUGCUGGGGCAUUUAUACCACCACCAGGGAGCUUCAUUCUUACCAAAUCACAUAACUAUAGAGAUGAGCUGCCCUGACACUCCAAAGAUCAUCUCCACGUCUGAAAUUUCAGUGAGGAAUGUCAUACCGGUGCAAAAUCAUGUAAUCUACAAGAAGAUCUCUCAUGACAAAGCUGUUGCUAUCUAUUUAGGAAAGCGAGAUUUCAUUGACCAUGUAGAUCAUGUGGAACCUGUUGAUGGUGUGGUAUUGGUGGAUCCUGAUAUUGUCAGGGAGAAAAAAGUGUAUGUGACGCUCACUUGUGCUUUUCGGUAUGGACAAGAAGAUAUCGAUAUUAUGGGAUUGACUUUCCGAAAGGACCUGUAUUUCUCUAGGGUACAGGUAUACCCACCACUAGAAAAACAAAGACCACUCUCCAACUUGCAGGAAUGUCUAAUGAAAAAGCUGGGUGGGAAAGCCUAUCCCUUCCUGUUAACUUUUCCAGACUACCUGCCCUGCUCAGUCUGCCUGCAGCCGGCUCCACAUGAUGUUGGGAAGUGCUGUGGGGUGGAUUUUGAGGUCAAAGCUUUCUCCACAGAAAAUGCUGACGAGAGGAUUCUCAAAAGGAAUUCUGUCCGCCUGCUGAUCCGCAAAAUCCAGUUUGCCCCAGAAGUGCCAGGACCCCAGCCUCAUGCAGAGACCUCCUGGCAGUUUUUCCUGACAAAGAAACCAUUGCACCUGAAAGCAUGUCUCAGCAAAGAGGUGUUUUACCAUGGCGAGCCAAUCCCUGUCACAGUAACAGUGAUCAACAAUACAGAAAAAGUGGUUAAAAAGAUCAGUGUGUCAGUGGAGCAAGUUGCCAAUGUGGUACUAUAUUCUAGUGACUUCUACACCAAGACAGUGGCUCUGGAAGAAGCAGAGGAAAAGGUACAGCCCAAUUCCAUCCUCACAAAGACAAUGACAGUUCUUCCUUUGCUGGCAAACAAUCGAGUGAAACGGGGCAUAGCACUGGAUGGGAGGCUGAAGGAUGAAGAUACAAACUUGGCUUCCAGUACCAUUAUUAAAGAUGGGAUAGACAAGACAAUUCUGGGGAUCCUAGUUGCUUACAAGAUAAAAGUGAAGCUCACUGUCUCAGGCCUGCUAGGAGAUUUUACCUCCAGUGAGGUGAGCAUGGAACUUCCCUUCCGUCUCAUGCACCCCAAGCGAGAGGAGGUCAACACUGCAGGAAAGGAGAGGUAAGAACUGUUUUGCUACCUUUCUAUCAGUUCUGUGGCCAGGACUGCUUAUAUGAACAAGGACCCUGCUCAUCCAUCAACUGUUCUAAUGUUGCAGAAUGAAGAUUAUGAGAUGGGAUGCUUUAAACUAUUCCUGCACUGUGGGUGGGGCGGAGUUGAAUUUGAUGACCUAAAUAGCCCCUUCUACCUCAGAUUCUAUGCAAAGCCAUGCUUCUGAAAGACAAUCCUUGUACUUACCUGGCACUCCCAGAUUUUGCAGGAGAGCUUCUUGAAUUAAGUCAUAGUGAGGAUACACAGAUCAAUGAACCUCAAAUUGUACAAAAGUCAGUUAUAUGAAUCCCCCAUCUGUUCUGAUUCAAUGAAAUAUCAGUGCAUAUUAAACAAGGUAUUAGAGCAAGGGAAACAAAAAUACUGGCUAAAUGUGUAUAAAGGCAUUGUGGCUGAGCUUUUCAACAACUUGGAUGAUGGCCAGAUAGGAGAACUCUUCAGGAACCCAAUGUAUGCCAAUUCUCAUUCCAUAAAUAAUAAAAUUAAU